UAGUCCGUCAGUUGUAAAGUGUGUCUCGGUAUAGUCCUACACCGGCAACAUGCCGAUCGUGGAGUUUUGGAUCGCCCUCGGUACGACGGUACUGCUAACGGGCGCCUUUGGGUUGUGCCUGAUUCUGGACAAACGGCGAUCACUUUGGGUGGACCGUCGCUUUCCCAGCACCGGACGAACCUGCGUACUGUACGGAGACUAUGGAGCCGCCGGGCGUACCGAGCAUCGUAUAUACACAACGCAACGGCUGUAUCGUGAGUUUAAGAGCAAAAAAUGGCCCAUCGGUGGGGCGCUGAUGUACCUGACGCCGUGUGUGAUACCGACCGAUCCGCAUCUGAUUGAGUUUUUGCUCAACGAAGAGUUUGUGGAAAACAAGAAGAGUAGCAUCGCUGGGAGUUCAAUCUUCCGAAAACGGUGGAGUUCGUUCGAGGAUGAGCACUACAACUCACUGGUUAACGUGGCUACGGAAGAAAGCGUAAAAGUAGUGGAGAUGUUGUGCGCGUCGAAACAGCCUGUUGAUGUAAAAAUGAUCGCCGAGCUGUACGCAGUACGAAUGAUAGCAAGAUGUGUUUUUGGGAAGCGUUGCACCGAAGAAAGUCACACCUUUCCCAUCACGGAGAAACUGGCCAGCCAGCCGCGUGGCAUUGUUUGGGACAUAUUUUCGACCGCUUUUCCUAGCACAACAUUUACUGCAACGCUGCGGAAGCUGUUGGAACACUUUCAGAAACAUCCCGCUCUUCUGGACGAGCUCGUUAGUUCGUUUCUGACCGAACGGACCGCAGAUGUGAACUUCUUGCAGCAUUUAAAAUGUACGGAGCAACGUGCGAAAGCGAACGAACGUAUAGCGUUCGGUGAUACAAGAGCGCUCAUGCUCGAGUUAGUCCAAAAUGUGUUCUUUGUAGCUUCGGGCACAAUAAUUGCUUGUCUGUUUGAAAUGGGCCAUAACGGAGACAUACAAAAAGGACUGCAUCAGACAUUGAAACGAUCGAAUCCGUUUGCGGUCGAUACACUGGAGAACGUGAUCAGUGAAACGCUGCGGAAAUAUCCACCAGUGGGUGAGAUAUCGUUUGUUACCGUUGCCAGCAAUAGGCUACCGAGCGGGGAGUUGAUCGUGCCGAAAAAUACGCGAGUGGUUGUACCGAUCUACGCUCUCCAGCACGAUGCUGAGCAUUAUCCCGACCCGGAGCGAUUCAACCCGGAGCGAUCUAUUUUCAGCUCGAGCGAACACUCCGUGCUCUACCGACCACUCGGUGUCGAGCCGCUUCCGAUUGGAUCCAGCUUGGCGCUGCUGAUGGUGCGUGUAGCGUUGAGCAACAUAUUGGGCAAGUGCACUGUGAGGUUGACUCCCGAAAGCCCGGCAACUUUGAAGAUAUUGCCGAAUCAAGCGAUGCCCUACCCUGUCGGUCGGGUUGAGUUGCUGAUAAGCCGUGCCUCGUAAACUGGGACGAAAUUCAAUGGGGUAUGGUAAGGAAUUUGGGUGAGGAAACUUAUCAGUGGGAGGAUUAUUGGCAGUGGAAUAGAUAACGUGCAAAAGGUAAGCAACAUCGGCGGUACUGAUUAUUUUACAAAAGAUAUGAAAGUUUAAAGCUAAAUUUAAAAUAAAAGUGAACAAGACACGACAAUGAGAUACGUUUUUAAAGUAUAAUUUU